CCCUGUCUCGGGUGUCGUUUCCAAUCGCAUCCGCGCGCUGCUGAGUGCUCACCUCGUCCUCCUCACCUCAACCAGCUCACGACCUUUCCUCCCCCUCGCCCAUGCCGCCCCCCGCUCCCCUCGCGCCGCUCCGCUGCUCCCGCGUGCACCUCCGCCUCCGCUUCCCGUCGCCCUCUCCCUCUCGCCCGCCUUCCCUCUCGCGAGCUCCAUCGCGCGGAUGCCCUCCGCCGCUCCGCGCCUCCGGCGGGCACGGACGCGGGGGCGCCGCGGACGCUGGUGCGCCGGCGAGCUCGGCCCUCGACGCGCUCCUCUCCGCCGCGGAGCUGCUCUGCCUCGCGCCGCCCGCCAUCUGCUCGGUGGUAUGCUCCGCCCGCCUCGUCUUCUCGCCGUCUGGCGCCGCGCCGGCGCCUGCGGGAGGGAGGCUGUUCGUCGUGCAGUACGUGCUUUUGGUGGGCGCGGUGGCGGUCGGGAGCCUGAUCCGGCGGAGGCAGUGGGGACGGCUUUGCCGGGUGGGCGGCGGCGGCGGCGCGGCCGCUCGGGAUGUGGAGUUUGCGGGGAGGAUUGGCAAGGUGGAGGAGAGCGUGAGGGGUGUGGUGGCGGCCGUCGGAGUGCUGUCGAGGACCGUCGAGAAGCUUGGCGUCAGGUUUAGGGUAUUGCGGAGGACGCUGAGGGAUCCUAUCAACCAGACUGCAACUUUAGCCCAAAAGAAUUCUGAGGCUACUCGAGUCCUAGCUGCAAAAGAAGAUUUUCUUGAAAAAGAACUUGGUGAAAUUCAAAAGGUUUUAUUUGUAAUGCAGGAACAACAACAGAAGCAACUUGAACUAAUCCUUGCAAUCGGGGAGGCAAGAAGUAUAUUAAAUGAUAAGAAUGAUUUGCCUGGCGAGGAUACUGCUAGAUCUAGCGUAACUCCGGAGGAAGAGAAUAAACAGGCAGGUAUAAAAGCUGAAACAGUUACGGGAGGCAAUAACAAACCCUGAAUUCAUGAAUUAAAAUGGAAACUAGAACUUCAAAAGCCCCUCCAACAAGACAGGACUCUCUUUGGUUUUGUUCUACGCAGUAUUGGGUGGGAUGGAUGGUUCAAGUGCCGUCAUGAUGGAUAUAUCCAUGCUUCAAAUGGAAUCAUUGCUAACAUUUCAUUGGGAUAUUCACAAACACUGGCCGGAGCAAUUGCGUCCUAUUACGUACAUGACUUGUACAGGGAGAGGUGGUUGUUCCCCAAGAGUUUGUACAAUAUACAUGUUUGGUCAAGAACGAAUUGCUUAUUGGCUUCUAACUUUGUGAGCUGUAA